AUGAGCUCUCCGCAGGCCCGUCGUGGCAACGCAGCUUCGGCUGCUGCCGCGGAUCGAGAUCGCUCGCUUUUGCAGCUCCUCGAUCCCAACGACAUGCUGCCAGGCCACACCACCGCAGACCUCUACAGUCUGCGCCACUUCACUCUUCGCGGCGGUCUUCCAGAUUCUCCCAGUUGGCUCAGAGCUCAAGCUUGGAAGGUGCUCCUCGGCUACCUACCGCCAGAAAAGAAGGAGUGGUCCUCGACACUGGCAAAGAGGCGCAGAGAAUACUACCAAUUCGUCAACGAUCUCUCUCCUUCUCUUCCUUCUUCCGAUGAACCAAUCCCUUCGGAUCAAGUCACUCAUCAAGAUCGCCUCCUUGACCAGAUCUAUAAGGAUCUCGUUCGCUCGCGUAAGAAUGGCUUUGCCUUCUAUCAAGCUCCACCAAGACCCAGCGCCUCGUGUCCCAUCGCUCCUCUUCCUCCAAACGACGCUGAGCCGUCAAUACCAACCCAGAUACCAGUACGAAGGCUCGAAACACGGGAUCAUGUCCUGAACCGCCUUGCAGCCAUCAGCCAUGACUACGCUCAACAGCUCCACAUCGAGCGCAUCGCCUCCACCAGCAUAGCCAGCGGCUCACGGCAGCCGCCUCAGAUCCUACAUGUGCAGCCAAGCACCGACCUCCCGCUGCUGGAACAAGGAAUCGGAGCACCUCACGAACCAUCCGACUUUCUCGACGAGCCCAUCAAGAGUCCACCAAUACUCUUGUCGCCGCCCUCUCCCGGUGGCAUGUCACGCGAAUCCUCGCAGCACUCCUUUGCUUCUGCCAAUGAAGCUAUGGACGAUUUUGCUAGCGCUCGCGGUCACAGCGCACAAAGUUCCGAAGACACCGAUGGCGUGCCAGAGUCGUCCGCGCAGCAUCCAUCCAGCAUUCCCACCCAGCGCAACUGGCAUUCGCUCCUCCGUGUUCUCUACCUCUUCGCCCUUCUCAACCCCAGCAUCGGCUACGUCCAGGGCAUGAACGAGGUCCUCUUCACCUUGCUCUACGUCUUUGGCUCAGCCCAGUACCCACCCACGGCUAGCAUCGGCAUCACACCCAGCAGCUCUCUCCAGAACAUCACAGCCGACUCAGACGGCUCAGCGUACAAGGUUUGGGAUAACGACGUCGACCUCGCAGAUCUCACCACACAUGCAGAGGCUGAUGCCUUCUGGUGCUUUUCUGCAUUGAUCGGCGAGAUGCGAGAGCUCUACGACUUUGAGCGCAUCGAACAGCAAAGUCGCAGCGUUGCUUCGGCCGAACGUCAACCCUCCCACUCCGGCAUGGCAGGUGCCCUCCGUCGCUUCAGUCUCCGCAUCAAAUGGCUUGAUCCACCAUUGUGGCGCAACCUCAAGUCCGCGUCUCUAGAUCCGCGUUUGCCUUACUACUCGCUUCGAUGGCUUGCGUGCCUUCUCAGCACGGAGCUGUCCUUGCCAUCCGUGCUGCGAAUCUGGGACGCGUUGCUCGCAGAGCAGGAAUCGGCGGACAUGGCGGGCUCGGCCAAAAUCGAGUUCCUCAUCGACGUCUGCGCUUCCAUGAUGCUGCAGAUUCAGGAUCGUCUGCCGCACAGCAUUGAUGACUUCGACCUUGAGAGCGAGGCCUUUUCUUACGGCAUGCGAGUCCUGCAGAACUAUCCGGAAGGCGACAUCAGUCCAGUUGUGGAAGCAGCUACCCUCGUUCGACAAAGACGCCUGGCUGCUGAUCUGACCGGCGAUGGACCACCCGACGUCAGCGACGACGAUGACGAAGAGAUCAAUCCUCGAUUGGCUGCUGUCAAAGCCAGAGCGGCGCAGGCUUGGCGCGAUUGGACGGGUCCACGACAAGAAUCACCUUCGCCGUCUACGCCCGUCAAGGAGCUUCCAGAUGCAACGCCGCCAGUGACGAAAGGAGGCUGGCUCGUGUCCAGAGCUCGACCGCGGCCCAGCGAACCUUUCACCGAAGACGGCGACGUCUCGAUCGCCAGCACUGCCGACGGAGCUUCCUCUGACACGUCCAUGUCAUCGAAGGGCACCUUCAGCGGCUUCUUGGCUAAAUACGCCGAGGCAGUCCAGGCGAGCGAUGCUGCCGCCAACCUCUCCAAAGCUAGCACGAACUUUACGGCGAGAACCAUGGCCCGCUUUGGUGAUCGAGGCAGCCGCGAGUCGACCCCCGAGGCGUCGGGUUCUCCGCAUCAGAUGUAUGGCUCGCUCGGCCGAGGCUUCCCGACGAGCCCGACCGGCUCGGAGUCCCGCUUCGCUUCGCUGGGCUCUGUCAGCGCAGGCUUCUUCACCCGGUCCAAGCGAAACGCCAGCGAGAGUCAGCCGCAUGCAGCGGGUUGGGGCUCACCCCGCACACCAGACAUCACCCGUUGGUCGCGAGACACAAUGCCCGACUUUCCCCUGCCCAACGUCUCCGACAGCCCGGCAGGCCGAAUGGAGUAUGUCGACACGUUUGGCAAACGCAUCAGCAUGGCGCCCAACGGCCGUGGCACUUCGCCAUCAAGCUCUGUCACCGGGGACGAUAGCCGCGAGCGAAGGGGUAGCGAAAGCGCAUCCUCCUUCCCUCUGCCCAGCAUGCGAGCGGCUGCACGCAUGGGCAUUUUGCCGCAACGCUUCCGCGAGGAGUCGGCCAGUCCGAGCAGCACCCGUUCGGCAGGGCCGAAGCCGCUGCUUCUAUCGCAGUCGGCGAGGCCGCCUCGCGAGGGGAGUCACAGUCCGAAUCUGCGUGCGGCCGACGAGCCGAGUAGGAAGGUCUCGUCGGGGCCAAUGGCGCACAGCAUGAGCCGCGGGAACAGUCAUCAGGACGGCAACAGCGUAGCGGGGAGCGUCAGCGGGAGAUCGUCGCGAGCGGCCUCGGUCGCCGAUAGCCGGCGCAGCUCCGUGGCCGACUUUGCGGAUCUGAGCAUGCCCGGGCUGUCGGAGGCUGGUGCUGUGCCGCCGCUGCCGAGUCUGACAGGGCAAAGCUCAGCGGCUGUUCUGCCUCCUCGUCCGGCUGCCAAUACCGACGCCCGCAUUGCGCUCAGCAGCACGCUACAGGGCUCGGUGACGAAAGACGGAACGGUGUCAGCAGGCGCCUUCGCGCGAGCCACCAAAUCCACCGAUGCCGAACGACCCGAAUUUGGCCAUGUAGCCAGCUCGUCCGACGUGCCGCUGGUGCAGACGACGUCGAGCAUCUCGCGCCCGCGCGCUUCCAAUCGACAACGCACGUCGAGCUCGACGAUCGAUUCACGCACGGCGUCCAUGUCAGAGUCGGUGCUGGGCAACCUCAUGUCGAACCGUAGCAGCCAGACGACCAAUAUUGUCGAUGGAGCGGAUGCGGCGCUGGGCGAAAACGUGGUCUCCGAGGAGCCGUUGAACGUCCACAAGCUCGACGCCUCUCAGCCGGGCACGCCGGCCUCGGAGCACUUCAACACGACCGACUCGCCCACCUCUCAAGACCAGAUAGCAGUCCGCAAGUAUACGCUGACGGACGACGCGCUCCCCUCGCCCACCACGGCGGACAGCAAGCUCGUGCGGUCCAAACGCAUGGUCAAGGGGAGACAGAAUUCGGCUUCGUCCGUAAGCAGUCGGCGGUCAUUGGCGGGCUUGGCUAGGCGGAAUGAGGAGCCGCCGCCCUCGCCGAGCUUGCCCGAGGUGGUGGAGGAUGUGUAUGGUGGCACUACCGCACACACGGAUGACUAUGUUGCUAGCCCGGUGGAGGCAGAGUUCGAGCGGAACUUGAGCAUCGGUGAAGCUAGGCCGGCUUCGCCCGUCAGACGCCCUUCGACGGAUCGCAGUGGGUUCUUCUAG